GGAAGGGAAGCCAGCGCGGGUUGUUUCCCUCGCAUCUCCUUCCGUCGCGUCCCAUCACAUCGCCUUCCACCUGUCGCACUGGUCCCCACUAUGUCUCCAGGGCGCGUGCGCGAGCGCGAGCGCUAGCCUGCGCCGGGAGGGCCAGCCUUUGGAGUGGGCCUCUUAUUUUGCCCAGGUUUUAACACCUAACCCUUUUUGACUUUUAUUUAUCUUUUCUCUCCAAGAAGGGCUUUUACUCCGUUUUGCUUUUCCGUUCAUUCUUAUGCACUCGUGACAGCACGCUCAUUUAGAAGCCUUGACCCCAGUCACACAUGUUGGCACUGUGAUUUUGGAGGGAAAAUCCGUGGCUCCGAGUUCACUUGGCGGGCGUCCACCGGGGUCUUACUGCCUGGUGGAUGCUUAGUGAACUUUCAGUUUCUACUUGGAAGGCCUCGCUCAGUGCAAAUCGUAAUUUGAGGCUCUUGCUGAAUUUUAUUAGAUGAGAAUAAAAAUUUUUGUUUUUCCAUUUGGUAAAAUUAAUUUUUUUUCUGGACAGACCACAGUUCAGACCCUACAUUUUGCAAAGAUCAACUCUGCCUCAGACUCAAUUGACGCUUCAUCUAUAGUUCCAUACAUUGCCAAAUAAGGAAAUGAAGUUUUUCUCUUGAUAGGUUACAGUACUUGGCUAAAGCCAACUCUAGGUUGGCUUGGGCAGGAAAGUGAAAAGAAAUGCUGAACUUUACCAGAUGUCAACAUCUGAAACCCAUAACGCAGAAGUGUUUCUCUAGUACACCGGUUAAAGUGCAGACUUGCACACAACUCCUGCUUUCACGAGUCUUUGCACUCAUAGAAUCAGGAAAGUCAUGGCACUCAACCCACUCAUUUGCUGGAGACAAAAAUAUUAUCCUGAUGGGGCCUCCGGGUGCUGGGAAAACAACAGUAGGCAGAAUAAUGGGCCAUAAACUAGGCUGUUGUGUCAUCGAUGUGGAUGAUGACAUCCUUCAAAAAACCUGGAAUAUGAGCGCUUCAGAAAAAUUACAGGAUGUUGGUGAUGAGCGAUUUUUAGAAGAGGAAGGAAAAGCAGUGUUAAACUUGUCUGCAUUUGGAAGUGUGAUUUCCCUCAGUGGGUCCAAUCCCAUGCAUGAUGCUACCAUGUGGCAUCUGAAGAAAAAUGGAAUUGUUGUAUACCUGGAUGUGCCUCUGAAAGAUAUAAUGAGUCGUCUGAAGUCAAUGAAAAUUGAUAGGAUUGUUGGCCAGAACUCUGGAACAUCUCUGACAGACUUACUGAAGCACAGAAGAUUGUACUAUAAGAAGUGGUAUGAUGCCCGAGUCUUUUGUGAGACUGGGGCUUCUGCUGAGCAGGUUGCCAACAAAGUGCUUGACGCAGUGAAGAGAUACCAAGACGUGGAUUCAGAGACAUUCAUUUCAACAAGACAUGUUUGUCCAAAAGGCCAUGACAAGAAGCUUCCACCAAAAUACUUCAGUGAAGCUGUCAUCGAGGGGUUGGCUUCUGAUGGUGGCCUCUUUGUUCCUGAGAAGGAGUUUCCCAAACUAAGCUGUGGGGAGUGGAAAAGCCUCAUAGGGGCAACCUACAUAGAAAGAGCACAGGUACUUCUGGAAAGGUGUAUUCACCCUGCAGACAUACCUGCCGCCAAAUUGGGAGAAAUGAUUGAAACUGCUUAUGGGGACAACUUUGCCUGCUCUAAAAUUGCCCCUGUCAGGUACCUUUCCAGCAAUCAGUUCAUCCUGGAAUUGUUCUAUGGUCCAACGGGGUCCUUUAAAGACUUGUCUUUACAGCUUAUGCCUCAUAUUUUUACCUACUGUAUCCCACCAAGUUGCAAUUACAUGCUGCUUGUAGCUACUUCAGGAGACACGGGGAGUGCAGUCUUAAAUGGGUUUAGCCAUCUUAAUAAAAAUGAUAAGCAAAGAAUAGCUGUGGCUACAUUCUUUCCAGAAAAUGGAGUUAGUGAUUUUCAGAAAGCACAGAUAGUUGGCAGUCAGAGAGAAAAUGGAUGGGCAGUAGCUGUCAGGUCAGAUUUUGAUUUUUGCCAGACAGCUAUUAAAAAAAUAUUUAAUGAUUCUGACUUUACUGGUUUUCUAACUGUGGAAUAUGGAACAAUCUUAAGUUCAGCCAAUUCUAUAAAUUGGGCUCGACUGCUUCCCCAGGUAGUUUAUCAUGCCUCUGCAUAUCUUGAGCUUGUUAGCCAAGGGUUUAUUUCUUUUGGAAGCCCAGUAGAUGUCUGUAUUCCCACAGGAAACUUUGGGAACAUUUUAGCGGCAGUGUAUGCCAAGAUGAUGGGAAUCCCUAUUCGAAAAUUUAUCUGUGCCUCUAAUCAGAACCAUGUUUUGACUGAUUUUAUAAAAACUGGACAUUAUGAUUUAAGGGAUAGGAAAUUAGCACAAACCUUUUCACCAUCAAUAGAUAUUCUCAAAUCUUCAAACCUGGAGCGACAUUUAUACUUGAUGGCUAACAAAGAUGGACAGUUAAUGGCAAAUUUAUUUAAUCAGUUAGAGAGUCAGCUUCAUUUCCAAAUAGAGAAGAUAUUAGUCGAGAAGCUGCAGCAGGAUUUUGUUGCUGACUGGUGUUCUGAGGAAGAGUGCCUAGCAGCCAUUAACACUACCUACAACACAUCAGGAUAUAUUUUGGAUCCACAUACUGCUGUUGCAAAAGUGGUUGCAGACAGGAUGCAAGACAAAACCUGCCCAGUGAUCAUAUCAUCUACAGCUCACUACUCGAAGUUUGCACCUGCUGUCAUGCAGGCGCUGAAAAUUAAGGAACUCAACCAGACAUCAUCAAGCCAGCUUUACUUACUGGGCUCAUACAAUGCAUUACCACCUCCUCAUGAAGCUUUAUUAGAGAGAAUGAAACAGCAAGAGAAGAUGGAUUACCAGGUCUGUGCAGCUGAUGUGAGUGUCCUGAAGAGUCAUGUGGAAAAACUGAUCCAAAAUUGGUUCAUAAGGAAAUCUGAGUAGAGUAUUUUUCUUCGUAAGAAGCAAUAAUAAAUAUCAAACAUUGGUUUGGGUUACAAUAGCA